AUGGCUGCACCUCUGCGGCAAAUAGAAAAUUUUUUUGUAUCUCAAAGCCUAAACCUGAAUUACCUGGCUUCCUUAAAAAAAUUUAGUGACCAAGUUGGCGGCCAUGGUGAAAUAUUAUCCAUGGAGGAAGAAGAUUCUAUGAUCAUAAAGCCUUGUAAAGGAAUCGAGAGAGAAUUCUAUGAAAAUAGCGUAGCGCAUCCAAGAUUUGCUAGAUGGAUGCCAAAACAUUACGGAAAUUUGCGGUUACAUGAUUCUCAACCGCCUUUGCUAGAUCAACAACUUGACGUAAAUAAUAGCGUGUUAAAUUAUGAAAUUAAACCUCAAACCACAAAAGAGAAAAAUGUCUUAAGCAAAUUUAAAAAACCAUGUGUAUUGGAUCUGAAAUUGGGUACACAGCUCUAUGGCGAUGAUGCUGAUGAAAGAAAACGUCAAAAGUCCAUCCUAAAAGCAGAAAGGACGACAUCAGGUUCAUUGGGAAUUAAAAUAUCUGCAUGCCGGGUCUACGGAAAAUUAUCAAAUAAUUAUACACAUUACUCUAAGGAAUACUGUAGAAAUAUCACUCCUAAUACCAUAACGAAAUGUUUUACAGAUUUUUUUAUGGCUGAAAUCUCGCUGAGUCAACGUCAGCUUGUAAUCAAUCGAUUCAUCGAAGAUCUAACAUUAUUCAUGGAGGAUUUGGAAAACCACGAUGUAAGAUUACGUGGUGCAUCCUUAUUGUUCGUAUAUGAAGGAGAUCCUAAUGCUUUUACGGAGGCUCUUAAUAAAGAAGAAGAGAAUGAACAAAAAGAUGGUGUUGGCAAGGAUGAAGGUUGUGUGUUUGGUGUGAAAAAUGCAAUACAAUGCCUAAAACAA